AUGGGCUCCUCCAGCGCCUUUCUCGGCAUCCUGUUCUUCUCUGGGGCACUGGGUCUCACCACUUCCCCAACCAGAGGACGACUCCACUGUUACUCCUGCGGCUUUGCUAAGCCCUGCUACCCUGUUCUCACAGAGUGCCAGGAAGAUGAGGUGUGUGGCAUCAGUGUUGGCACCUCAGACCAGAAGGAAGAGGUCAUCGAGCGGAGAGGCUGCCUCCCUAGGGCCCACUGCCCUCUGCUGGGCCGUGCCACCUACUGGUCACAGCCCUAUGCUCUCCGGCACCAGUGCUGUGAGCAGGACCUGUGCAACGUGGCCGCCUCCCUGCCGCGACUCCCACGCCUGCCCCUCACCACCCUGUCACUUCUUGCAGCCAUCUUUGCCUGGGGAGUCCAUAUCUUCCUCUAG